UUCGGCGGGGCCCAUUGCGGCUGCUCAGAAAGCCAAGGUAGGGCACUCGGGUCUACAGCCCGCCCCCCGACGCCGCGCUGCAGUGUGAAGCCUGGUCUGGGCAGCUAGUGGUAAAAGGGAUAUAGGAGCAAGCCCAAAACGACUAGGACCCGGCGCCGUGCCACGGUGUGCCCACCCCUCGUCUCCCGGCACCAAGGCUGCUGGAGCCCAGGGUGUUUUUUCCUUGUCCCCGCCACUUCCCAGUCCCUGGCCCAACAUGAUACUGACCAAAGCCCAGUACGACGAGAUAGCCCAGUGUCUAGUGUCUGUGCCGCCUACCAGGCAGAGCCUGAGGAAGCUGAAGCAGAGGUUCCCCAGUCAAUCGCAGGCCACUCUGCUGAGCAUCUUCUCCCAGGAGUACCAGAAACAUAUCAAAAGAACACAUGCCAAACACCAUACUUCAGAGGCGAUUGAAAGUUAUUAUCAGAGGUACCUGAAUGGGGUGGGGAGAAAUGGAGCUGCCCCAGUGCUCCUGGAGCUGGCCAACGAGGCGGACUAUGCACCCUCAUUAAUGGCUCGGAUUAUACUGGAGAGGUUUCUACAAGAGCAUGAAGAAACUCCACCCUCCAAGUCUGUUAUAAAUAGUAUGCUACGGGACCCUUCUCAGAUUCCAGAUGGAGUUCUAGCAAAUCAGGUCUAUCAGUGCAUCGUGAACGACUGCUGUUAUGGACCACUGGUAGACUGCAUCAAACAUGCCAUUGGCCAUGAGCAUGAAGUCCUGCUGAGAGACUUGCUUCUGGAGAAGAACCUGUCCUUCCUAGAUGAAGAUCAGCUCCGUGCAAAGGGUUAUGACAAAACACCAGACUUUAUUUUACAAGUUCCAGUUGCUGUAGAAGGGCACAUAAUUCACUGGAUUGAAAGCAAAGCCUCAUUUGGUGAUGAAUGUAGCCACCAUGCCUACCUGCAUGACCAGUUCUGGAGCUACUGGAAUAGAUUUGGGCCGGGCUUAGUCAUCUAUUGGUACGGCUUUAUCCAGGAGCUGGACUGUAACCGUGAAAGGGGUAUCCUGCUCAAAGCCUGUUUCCCCACGGACAUUGUCACCUUAUGCCAUAGCCUAGCUUGACCCAGAUGAUCCUGGAAGAGAAGCUGGGAGGAGAAGGUGAAUCCGGAAGCAAUUUUACUUUGCUGCAGUGUCAACUCCUGGCAGCAUCUGCCCUGAACUUGAGCUGAACUCGGACUGCCCGUGGCCACGCCACUACCUCUUUAGACAAACAUAUCAAGAGUUUCUGUUUUCCUUCAUCCCUUGCUGAUGUGAACAGCCAAGAACUACAGACACAACCCACUCAUUAUCAGCAUUUCUGUCUCUGUCAAACAGUUAGUUUACAGAUAGUCAUAAUCUUUCUUCCUUCCGGAUGGUUUCUGCUUGUAUACUGAACAAAAGAAGAAAUGUGGAGACUUGAAAGGUGGGAUUUUUCAAUUCUCCCAGUUCCCGAACCACCCUCUUAUUUUUUUUUUUUAUUUUCCCCUAAGCCUCCAUUCAUUCUUUCUCCCUCCCCACCUCCCCUGUGUCUCUUCACAUACCCUCACAGGUACCCAGUGUUGCAUUACCAUCCUGGAAUAACCUAGCACAAUCCUAGCAGCGUGGAAGAUCGGGAAGGCGAAACGAGAUUUUUUUGCCCUCACUUGCCAGGCUCCAGUAGACCUCGAUGGUAGUCUCUGCUUAUUUUGUCCAGUCUUUACGGUUUCCUUGCUUCCCUGGCAUUGAACCAAGCUGAAAAAAUAGACUUGAUGAGAACUUCCUCUUUUUCUAAUACUUAAACACCAAAGAUUUUUCCCUUUAUCUGAUGUAAAAGUAUUGGUUAUAUUGUGUCUGGAAACCAUACUCCUUCUUUGGACUGGAGCUAAAGGGAGACCAUUGAAAGGUGGUGCCAGCCUGGGCACAAGUGUACUUUUAGACACGGCUACUUGGUGGUGUAUGUGGUAGUCGGCAUUUUUAUGCGUACAAUUGUUUACAAGCACAUCCUGUGCACGGCUUUGUAUCUGCAUUUUAUGCGACAUAAUAGUUACAUAACAGAUAACUUAGGUGCUAGAAAUGUUCAGCUUUGACUGAAGUAUACCAGAAAUAAGCCUAGAGUGAUGUCCACAUAAGGCAAAUCAAAGGGAUUUUGUAUAUGCUUGCUUUAAUUUACUCCAUUUUUACACUGCUAACCAAAUUUCAAUCUAAAGCAAAAUAAAUUCCUUAUAAACCUAUCUUCUGGGAGCUUAAAAACAAAAAUGUAUUUAUAAAAUACUUGGCCCCAUGUUGGAAACCCAUGAUAGCUUUUAUAAUUUUGAAUAGAUGAAAUUGGGAAACAGUAACAAGUAGAACUUCUGCACACACCUCUGUUACAUACAUUGCUUCUUUCAAAAGCCUAAAUAUGCCACGUGUACCCUGUUCAUUUUGUACCUAAGAAGGUUUGCCAAAAAAAAAAAAAACAAACAAACAAAACUCCUAGCUUCCUUUCGUUUUGAAGGACACAAACACAUCCGGCCCAGACGUGUGCAUUUUAACUCUGUUGUGGGUUGUAUUAAACAAAAGAGGUAGAGAAUGAAAUGGUAAGGAGGUCUCUGGCAGACUUCUGUUUCGGGGUAAAACUAUGCAGGGUUUGUGAGUGACACAGAAUUACCUAAAACCGCUGUUGUCUUCUUGUGUGCGUGCGCGCGCGCGCGCGCACACACACACACACACACACACACACACUUAACAAAAACUGGUAAACAGUUUCAUGGCAUGCUCUAAACUGCUGUUUUCUUCAGGUAUAAAUUACAUUUAUCCGCACAGAUGUUGAAAACCCUGUUAAACCCUUGUCAAGGAUUUGUUGGUCUUACAUUAAACAAACUUGUGAUGAGGGUGCACAAAAAAAAAAAAAAAAAAAAAAAAACAGAAGAGGUGCUUGCAUUUCAUAUUGGUUCUUCUACCUGGUGGCCUGACAUAGUAUCCCUUCAACGUGGGAAUGAAAUGUGAUGAUAAAGUUUUCAAGUUUCGAAAUUAAGUGCCUUCGCACUGGAAACGAGUGCGAUUGUUAUACUCUUGAGCUGGGAGGGUAUAGGGAGAUGGGAGCAGUGUUCCCAGAUAGGAAACUCCAAGCAUCCUUGUCCUUUCUUCCUUUUAUGGUAGAAAUCUUUCUCUGUGUUAUACCGGUAUGUGUUUGCUUGUUUGUGCUUGAAGUUUAGACAAUAAAAAAAAAGUCUCUGGAAA